AUGGCGACUUCUCAGACCGAAGAUAUCGGUUGUACGGUGGUUGUCGCUCCAUGCAACUUUCAAGCCUGCGACUGGUCAUGGUCGCCAUUCUUCAACGUGGAACUCGUGUUCGUUCCUGACGCACAGGAGCUCACACCGUGGUUGUAA